AUGCAUGGUAUUCAUAGUUUUGGUUUCUAUACCACUAUCUGCACCUACCAAGCCUUCUCAUUUCUGCAUACUCUCACCUGUGCGUGCCAAAUACCAAUGGAUUGUUUUGCCAGCAUAAUUGCCUUUUGCAGUGGUAUUAAAUGCCGCUUAGUGUCAAAUAGAUGCGACGUCCAGGAGGGAGAGGUCUGGAACACAUCUGCAUCUGGGGCACAUCAUCUAACAACAGUUCAGGUCUUAAUCUUCGUGGGCGCCGAGAGAGGACCGGACGACCUGGUGGUGACAUUUCAUCGCAACCAUUUCCAGGACCGCCUUCCAUGGAAUGAGUUCAAGUCGCUUGGGCCACCAGCUGCAACUGCAGUUGUCAAAGCUGGGUGGAAAUUUGUGGCCUUAGAACAGAUAGCGGAGUCAAUACGCGCAAGGCGGUUCGACGAGAAGGAACUGGAUAACCUUCGAAAUGAGGCCAGGGACGAGCGCAAGCGCAUUUCCAUUCGCAAACCUUCGGAUCCAGUUAGUGUUUUCGAAAUAGACUAG